AAGGAGAACAUAUUUAUGGGAGAGAAAGAGUCACGAAAGGUGACAAGGACUCAGUUAAGCCACGCCCACAGCACGCCAGGACCAACAGCGAGACCUUUGUGGCCCUCAACAAGUUAGAGCUGUCACGGUCCAAUAGUAUGCAAGAAAAGCAUACCAACGCCAUGUCUUUUCCAGCAAACGGCCACGUUAAGGUUGACCCUGUGUCAAGGUCUACAGGUCAAGACAGCGACCAGAGAAGGGGAGUUAAUGGCGUUGGACUGAAGCAGACGAGUUCUCUCUUUGAUCGUUCCAGGCCGGUGGAACACAGGCGAUUCCCGUCUGCGUCUAUCAGUUUGGCAAGCAAAGACUCCGUGAUUAUGGAAGACCCGAGUGAGCACCAAGAAACGUCAGGUCCAUCAGGUUCUGGAGUGACGUCACUUCCGGUGAAAAAUUCCUUUGAUCUGGACUACUCUUUCAACUUGACAUACGCUCAGCUGGCGGAGUUCCGCCGCCAGUCGCGACAGGCUGACCUGGAGAACAGGGUGGACAAGAGGGUGGCUGAUAUCGUGGAUGACAGGGAGAAGAACUCUCCCCAAGACACAUCGGUGGGCAGAAGCGAUGACCAGUUUUCUCUUGCCAGCGCCAGCAGUCAGGGGUCCGACCUGGGUGUCGGCAAGUCCAAGAAACGGCAGGCGCCGCCACCGCCUGGUGCAAGACAAAAGGACAACAAUCCUGAAAAGCCCUCCCUGACCGCUGAACCACCAGCGGACUACGAUUUCGAUGAGCUGACAACAACAUCACAAAGAAAGUUUUCGCUGCAAAGUCAAGCAUCAUCAUCUUCCUCGUCCUCAAGAACUUCAAAGGGACCUGCCCCCAAAAUACCUUCCCGUGCACCUCCUGCCUUUUCCCCGCCACCCAUACCUCAACAGAUCCCUCCUGCAGUUUCUGCGGCAAGUAAGGUCUUGAUCAGUACCUCCACACCUACCUUCCAGGUUUCUGGCCAAGGUAAGACAACCGAUGGCGACGCCGGGGUCAGACAGGCUGCUCACCGCACUGACACGGAGGUGAACUUCACGGCCAGAGCCAUUGCCGAUGCCAGGGCUGAGCUGGAGGCCCUGGAGAAGCUCAAGGCUGCGUUAAAGCAUGUGGAGGAUGACUCACAGCAAACAACAACAUCUGUACAACAAGCAGCCACACCCAUGGACAACAGUCAACACACUCAUGCUGCGGAGGAAGGCAUGUCGUCUGUAACACAAAAUAAAUAUGCGAAGCAUGAGGCUGAACACCAUAGUCCUUUAACUGGCAGGUUAGCUGGAGCUGAGGACGUUAUCACUGACACAGCAGAUUCGAGAGGGCAAACUUCAGAGCACAACAUACCCUCCGUAGCAACGUCCGUCCCAUCAGUACCAUCCACAAAAGAAGAGCAAAGUGACAUGAACGGUAAAUCUGUAGAGAACAAUGAGAAGUCGGCCACUCCACGGAAACUCAGCUCCUUGCUGCAACACGACAUCGUCAUGACGGUGGAAAGGAGGAGUGAGAAAAGUCUGGUGAAGACCCGGAUGUCGGCCGACCCUCCGCGCCCCAAGGACCAGCACGCGCUGUUCCGCGAGGAACUGGAGAAGGCCUCCAGAGCUCGGGAAGAGCGGCGCAACAACAGAAAGCUGGAAGACAGCCAGAGGGCGCUCCAUGUCAGCCUCAUAGCUAAGAGUGAAGAGUUAAAAUUAGACACGAAAACAAUGGACAGAAAGCUUGAUCAGGGUUUAAGAAAUGAAACAGAUUUAUCUCUUGUAUCAUCUGUUGCAAUGAGAGACAGUCAUCUUCCUGGUGGAUCUUCUAAAGCUGAACAGAGCGUGUCAGAGCCCAACCCUGACCAGGACAUGAACUGCAGUAAGGGCGGCUCUGGUUGGACCUCUGCACCAGUCGUCAUGAAUGGAGUGAUAGACUUGUCCGAUGAGGAAGGGGUCGUGACCUCUGCUGUAGAAGAUAACGGCUCUGUACAAACUCGCACCUUUUCAAAAGACUGGAAACCCGAGGAUGACCUCGAUUCAGACGAUGACAUCAUGGACGAUACACUAUACUCGAGGAAUUCUGUGUCGCUCGAGACAUCGAACGGAUUCAAGUCUUCAGUCCUCUCAAGUCGAAUAGACGACAUGAAAUCCAGAAAAAGGUCGGAGUUGAAGAAAGCCGAGUAUUUGGACGAGUACAACAAGCGGGGCCAGAAGUUCAGGAAGUCCAUGCACGAGAGCUUCACAAAGUUUGGCUCCACCAGCAGCUCGCCUAGAACACUCCUCAAGCAGGACAAGUCCAUUGACUUGGGGGCGGAUCGUUCGGAAGAAAACGGUGGUCACCAGAAAUCUUCAUCUUCUCAGGACGCGGUCUUAACGAAUGGAGCUAGACGACUAUCUCAUACGAAUUCCAACAUUGCAGAGGAAAAUGGAGGAAACAUGGUGCACUGGUCUGGCGCCACCGACCCCAGUGUAGGGAUAAUGAAACGUGCUGGCGUGGCUUACGUCGGGAGCAAAGGUCAGAUCGUUGUUCUCCCCGACUACGAAUCGGUUCACCCAGACCCGGAGGGUCACGCACGAAGGGACGAAGAAUGGCACGUGCCCAGAAUCUUUGGCAAGAAGACGAAGAAGUUCACGUACGAGUCGACAGUUAGGAAGAAGGAGAAGAAGCGCGUGGCGGAGGAGAUAGCGGGUGUUGUGGGUCGCCGGGAGCAACAGAUGGAGAUGGAACGAAACCGACAAAAGGACACGGAAUUGCAGUUCCGGCGCCUUCGCCAUUUGGAGAGUCAGGAGCGACUGCAUGCUGUCAACAUCCAGCAGGAACAGCGCCACAACGAUAACCAUGCUUUAGGAACUACAGUGCUGUGUACACCCUCCUCCCUCCUUUUGCAGCAGCAGCAGCAGCAGCAACAACAGCAACAACAACAACAACAACAACAACAACAGCAGCAGCAGCAGCAGCAUUUGUACACCACUUUUACGGCAGACAUGGCAAACAGGUCAGGCCAAACUUCCAGUUUGAGUCCCAGUUCCGGAGUGGAUGGCCUUCUUCCUUCUUCUUUUGUCAUCCCUCAGAAACAAUAUUAUCAGGACGCUCGAACCAUGACAUGGGACAUGGCUGAUAAAUUGAAUCGCUCACAGGUCCUCAUCCCAUCUUCCACUGCGGCUCCUCAUCUCGUCAACCCCACUUCCUACGCCAUGAAUCACACAGAGCUUCCAGCCUCAUCUCUGUCGGCCACACCUGGUGGCCUUGACAGCACUUACCUCAACCUGUACACGACUUCGCUGUGUUUUCAACCUCCACAGCCUCAGCAGCAAUGGUCCUACAUGGUGGGCAACCUCGGCAACAAUGGCGUCGUGCCUCAGUCGACAGAUGAGCAGCUGAGGUCUGUAGGGCCAGGCAUGUUCGUAUCCUCAGCAGCAGACUCCACGGCAUUGGGAGGUCAACAAGCAAUGAUGAACUGGAUGGCAGCCAGGGGCAACCCUCUCUGUGGCCCAGUUCAAAUUCCGAUCGCCAUGGUAAACCCGAUGCCGGCUGUCGUGAUGGACAUACCGAGACCAGUUGACAGUUUUGGUGCUUCUUUUUAUGGACACGGGAAGACCGACUGGCGACGCCGACUUCCUCGUGCUGGGCCCCGAGGCCUCGCGAUAUUUUCGGGACCUGGAUAACCCAGUGUACAUGUCCAGCGACGAGGAGGAGGAGGAG